AUGUUUCCGCUGUUCCGUUCCGUUCCCACCUGCUGCUGCGCUCUCCACCGUCCCACGCAAACGGCACUGCGCCGCGCCGGGUACAUAAACGGAGGCAGCUGUGGGGUUGGGGACUUGGGGUUUUGGCGUUUCGCUUCGCUCCUUUCUCCCUCCUCCCGUUCCGGUGGGGUUUUCACUCGCCUCACACCGCUGCCGCGGCCGCUGGGUCUGGGGCUUCCGGCGCCCAGGACCCUAGCAAGCUCCGUCAGCGCGCGGUGGGGGAUUGCUGGGAGGGGUGGUUGGUCCUCCGCGCCUCUACUUCGGGUUCGUCUGCCGGCGUUGGAGGGGAUCAAACGCCUAAGUGGAAUCUUUAAGAUUGAUGAUAAGGAAUACAUAUCAUUGACUGGACAUUUCUCAACCAAAUCAUGCGAGAAAGUGCGGAAAUUGUCAUUGCCACGGUUGGUCGAAGUGGCAAAGGUUCCUAGAUUGGCAGCCUGGCCCAAGAUAUGGAAGGCAUCAAAACCCACUGGUGACAGCAUUGGAUUAUAUUUCUUCCCUCAUGAAAUGAGGCAUGAUGAAGAACUAGAUCAACUAGUUAAGGAAGUCAUGGAUAAAGAUUUGGUCUUGCGGGCUGCCAUUGAUGAAGCUGAAAUGCUGAUAUUCCCAUCUCUUCUACUGCCUGAACGACAUCAGAGAUUCCAAACAAAACACUACCUAUGGGCGGCAUUCAAGGCAAAGGAGGAUAAAGGUGCUGUAAUUGUAGAACAGGAAGAAAAGGAAAAACAACAUGAUUCAUGCCAGCUAGCUGAGGUACAAUCUGAAGAGUCGGAUCAAGAAAAGAUUUUGAUGAAAUGUGACAAACCGUUGGUGUUGGUGAACAAGCAGCUGCCUGCUAACAGCAUUCAAGAAGUUGUAACUUGCUGCAUUCAGGGGCCCACCAACAUGCGCCUUGGACGUGAAGCUCCUGAAGAAAGGAUUCUGAGAGAAUCAUCGCAUCAAGCUGUCGGCACCAGGGCAUCUACUGCUGUUGCUACUGAUGCCACUACAGUUGCUAAUGCUGCUACCGUUCCCUCUGAAGCUACUUCAUUUGCUACUAAUACAGUCCAAGCAUGGAAGCACGCCCAUAGUGUCUUCAGUAUUGUUGUCCGACAAACUCCGGAUCUUGAGCCGAAAGUGCAGCAAUUUAUCAAGGAUAUGGAAAGCGAAGGUUCACUGGUAGCUGUUAUGCAAGGGGAGGCAAUUGGUCCUCGCUAGUGGCCAAGCAAUAUCACAACCGCCAUGCCGUAGCUGUAGGGAGGAGAGAGCACGCCAUGAUCGAGCUGCUCACUGGGGAUAGCAGGCUAGCCAAGGUCCCAUGUUUGUAAGGUGCAUACUUAAAGGACACCACCUGUUUGUAAGGUUCAGGUGCUUGUAGUGUAGUUAGCCUAGCCUGAUGCAGGUUUGGUCGUGCAAAUAAUUUCUCUAGUAACACGUACCUGAGCACCUGUGUUCUGAAUGCUUGCCAUGUCCUUUUGAGAGAACCGGAGUUAUGUCAAA